UUAAGCGCGCGAGGCUGACGAAUGGUGGACACGGUUCUGUUCGAGCUUCUACACACGGAGAUGGUGGCGGAGCUCUGCACGCACGACCCUGACCUCGACCCCGGCCCCGGGGGACAGAAGAUGAACCUGUUGGUCCUGGAGGGCAUGGGCUUCCGAGUGGGCCAAGCCCUGGGUGAGAGGCUGCCCCGGGAGAUGUUGGCCUUCAGGGAGGAGCUGGACGUCCUCAAGUUCCUGUGCAAAGACCUGUGGAUGGCCGUGUUCCAAAAGCAGAUGGACAGCCUCCGCACCAAUCACCAGGGGACCUACGUCCUACAGGACAACAGCUUCCCCCUGCUCGUCCGGAUGGGCUCAGGCCUGCAGUAUCUGGAGGAAGCACCUAAGUUCCUGGCCUUCACCUGCGGCCUCCUGUGUGGCACCCUCAGUACCCUGGGCAUCAAGAGUCUGGUCACCGCCUCUGUGGCAGCUCUGCCAGCCUGUAAGUUCCAGGUGGUGAUCCAGAGAUUCUGAGGAGCCCCAGGCCCCCAGCCCCAGCUGAGUCUCACAGCUGCCCGGGCCCACGAACCCCGCCGGGCCACUGCUAGGGAAUCCCAGGCUCUGGCAGUGACAAGCAAGGCAGGGGGUCCAGUCACUUCAGGGCAUCAUACAUGCUCAACAAAUGGAUGUCACAAGGAGGUCGGGGGUAUCGCAGGGCAGGGUGAUCCCAGCCACCAUCGGGCCUGGUAUGGAGAGAUCCCAUUAGACACCUCACUCACGGCAGAUGCUCAAUAAAGGUUCCGUGUGUGGAGACAAGUUCAA